AUGCAAUUUACAAGGGGCUCUUUUCCUUCAAUUCGAAAAGGUUUUACUUUUAGUAACCGCAAGGUAUUGCGACCCAACCUCUUAAAGUAUCAUACCUGGCAUGAAAAGGCUACGAACGUUUUACCAAAUAAUGUCGACACUAAGAGCGACGAGUUUAAAGAAAAUGCUGAAAAAAUGAACAUGCUGGUCAAAGACUUGGAAAAUAUAAUAAAUAAAGUUGUGUUAGGUGGCAGUGAGAGCGCUCGAAAGCGUCACCUGGAACGUAAAAAAUUAUUAGUUCGCGAUAGGAUAAAUCAUUUGCUUGAUAAUGGAUCUCCCUUUCUAGAACUUUCACAACUCGCUGGUUACAAAUUGUACGCAGAUGAAAUACCCGCAGGCGGAAUAAUUUCUGGAAUAGGACGUGUUAAAGGGGUAGAAUGUAUGAUCAUCGCUAACGACUCAACAGUCAAAGGCGGAACAUAUUAUCCCAUCACAGUCAAAAAGCAUUUACGAGCACAAGAUGUUGCACGAGAAAAUCGGCUACCAUGCAUAUACUUGGUAGAUUCGGGAGGUGCAAAUCUUCCCCAACAAGCAGAGGUUUUCCCAGAUCGCGAUCAUUUUGGACGCAUUUUCUUUAAUCAAGCCACAAUGUCUGCUGAAGGCAUACCACAGAUAGCUGUUGUGAUGGGAUCAUGCACGGCAGGUGGCGCCUACGUUCCUGCUAUGGCAGAUGAAAGUGUUAUUGUCGCAAACCAAGGUACCAUUUUCUUAGGUGGGCCUCCAUUGGUCAAGGCAGCUACUGGUGAAGUGAUCACAGCAGAAGAGUUAGGAGGAGCAGAUUUGCAUUGUCGAACAUCCGGCGUAACAGAUCAUUACGCCAAUAAUGAUGAGCACGCUUUACAAAUCACAAGAAGUAUUGUUGAAACGCUUAAUUGGUCGAAGAAACCUAAUUUAUCAAUUAAAAAACCCGAGGAGCCUAUUUAUUCUGCAUCAGAGCUUGGUGGUAUUGUGGGUGAUAAUCUACGCAAAACUUUUGAUGUAAAAAAUGUCAUUGCGCGUUUCGUGGACGGUAGUCGAUUUGAAGAAUUUAAGGAAUUAUAUGGGACAACAUUAGUUACCGGCUUCGCGCAUUUAUACGGCUAUCCCAUUGGAAUUAUUGCUAACAAUGGAAUCCUUUUCUCCGAAUCAGCUCUUAAAGGAACACAUUUUAUUGAGCUUUGUGCACAACGUGGUAUACCGUUAAUAUUUCUCCAGAAUAUUACAGGAUUUAUGGUUGGAUCAUCUGCAGAAGCUGGUGGUAUUGCCAAGAAUGGUGCGAAAUUGGUGACAGCGGUAUCGUGUGCUAAAGUUCCAAAAUUGUCAGUUAUUAUCGGUGGAAGUUUUGGCGCCGGAAAUUACGGAAUGUGCGGAAGAGCGUUUAAUCCUAGAUUUUUAUGGAUGUGGCCGAACGCGCGAAUAUCAGUCAUGGGUGGCGAACAAGCCGCAAGUGUUUUGGCUCAAAUUAAACGAGAUUCAAAAUCAGAAAAGGACAAAGUGUGGUCAAUGGAAGAGGAGGAUAAAUUCAAGAAAUCUAUUCGCGAUAGAUUUGAAGAUGAAGGACAUCCAUACUUUUCUUCAGCGCGUCUUUGGGAUGAUGGAAUCAUCAGUCCUGCUGACACGAGAAAAGUUCUCGGAUUGGCUUUAAGUGCCGCGUUAAAUGCACAGAUUGAGAAAUCACGGUUUGGUGUUUUCAGGAUGUAA